UAGCAGGCAGAAGGAAAGUUAAGCGACAGACUUGCUUUGCCACAACGUCGUGAGUUCCAGUAUGGCAGCCCCCAUGAGAUGUAUUUUGCGGGGUCGCCUGUGUUGGGUGAGGGGGAUGUGGAGGUGCCAAAAAGCGGCUUAUACAGAAGAUGCCAGGAAGGAGACUCACUUUGGGUUCCAGACCGUGUCUGAGGAGGAAAAGGGAGAGAAAGUUUACAGAGUUUUUGAGAAUGUUGCUCAUAAUUAUGAUAUCAUGAAUGAUGCUAUGAGUCUGGGAGUGCACAGAUUUUGGAAGGACUGGCUGUUGCAGCUUAUGAAACCUACACCAGGGAUGCAGCUACUGGAUGUGGCUGGGGGAACAGGAGAUAUUGCAUUUCGUUUUAUUAAUUAUAUUCGUGCUCAGAGAGAAAAGUGGAUUCGCCAAGAGCUGAAAUUGCAACAGGAUCUUUCCUGGCCAGACAUCUCAAAGACUUACCAAAACAAAGAACAGAGCUCCUUGAUGGGAUCUCGAGCUGUAAUAUGCGAUAUAAAUAAAGAAAUGCUUAGGGUUGGUCUGCAAAAGUCACUGAGGCUGGGUUAUUCUGAAGGACUAUCCUGGGUGGCAGGUGAUGCUGAAGAGCUACCGUUUGAUGAUGAUAAAUUUGACGUUUAUACCAUUGCCUUUGGUAUCCGUAAUGUGACCCAUAUAGAGCAGGCAUUGCAGGAAGCCUACCGUGUACUAAAACCUGGAGGAAGGUUCUUAUGCCUCGAAUUCAGUCAGGUCAACAACCCAAUGCUUUCCAAGUUAUAUGAUAUAUACAGUUUUCAAGUGAUUCCAGUGCUUGGAGAAGUCAUUGCUGGAGACUGGAAAUCGUAUCAGUACCUUGUAGAGAGCAUUCGACGCUUCCCAUCUCAGGAGGAGUUUAAGGCCUUGAUAGAAGAUGUUGGCUUUUGCAAGGUGAAUUAUCACAAUCUGACAAAUGGUGUUGUUGCAGUGCACUCAGGCUUUAAAUUAUGACACAAAAUCAGACACACUGUAAAGCACACAAAGAACAAGAAGAAACUCCGGAAAACCUGCAAAGGAUGCAAACUAAUUUACUUUACAUUCUUACAAAUGAAGCCGAUUUCAUUGUGGAUGCUGCUUGUGUGGUUCUAGUUCUCAAGAGGUCAGAAUGCUAAUAGGCAUACAGAGACCUCAGUAGUUGCAGGAAGAACUCUCCCAUAUUAUCACAAUCAAAGGAGAGCAUGACGGAUUUCAAAGUCAUAAAUGGCAAUGAAGAGGGGGCAUAUCUAAAGUCUAAAGACAUGUUUAAAAUUCUUUCUCAAAUGAGAACAUUGAUGCCUGGUAAAAAUAAAUAAAUACAUACAUAAAAGAACAUGGCCAAUCAGUGUGAUACAACAGCAAAGUUGCUUAGAAGGCCUCUUUGAAUCAUUAAAAAUGAGGGUAGAAUAAAGAACCUUUGAAAUAAGCUCCUACUUGGAUAAGACUGUCUACCAGGAGCUUUGUAAACAUUUUGGUAAAGCUGAGAUUCCAGCAGGAGGCAACAAAAUUAGAAGUUUUGACCAUUUAAACUUAUAAAAGCGCUAAGACAACCGGAAUGUGAACAUAUGGACUAAUGACUUGUAUGUGUAAUUAUUUGUGCAAUUUGGACUGGGUUCAUAAGGAAUUGGCUUGAUGAAGGGAAUGGAUGCUUAUGAAAAAUUGCUUUUAAUAAAAUUAUAAAGAAAGAUUA